AUGCUCGCAGGUGUCUGGGGAGUGCUUGUAAAGGCCUCAUGAGCCAUAGGAGCUGCUCAGCUUGUGCAUUUGUUACAUCUAAAGUAGCAAUUAAGAGAGAGUUUGGAUUUGAUAUCCUGCUUUAUCACUACCCGAAGGAGUCUCAAAGCGGCUAACAUUCUCCUUUCCCUUCCUCCCCCACAACAAACACUCUGUGAGGUGAGGGGGCUGAGAGACUUCAAAGAAGUGUGACUGGCCCAGCAGCUGCAUGUGGAGGAGCAGAGAUGCGAACCCAGUUCCCCAGAUUGCGAGUCUAUCGCUCUUAACCACUAUAUCACACUGGCCAUAUCCAUCCCUUACUGACUGUCUCAGGCAUUAAGCUCUGCAGUGGGAGCUUAGUUGGUAGUUGCAUCACCCUCAGAAGGGCAAAGAAUAGCAGCCCAACGAGGACGUCCUCCAUGACAGCCCCUAUAUUGUGGAAUUCCCCCUUAUUGGAGGGGCAUCUAGCAGCUUCAGGAUACAGUUUUUGGCACAUGCUUAAGAUGAACCGUUUAAAAAUUAAUAUAUUUUUUUUCAUGACCCACCUGAAUUUAUGUUGUUGUGUUCCAUCCUGGAACGGUAUUGUGUGUUUUAAAAUUGCAGUGAUUUUUAUCCAUUUUAAAAUCGCAUUUUGUGUUUGCUGUCACCCACCCUGGCAAUGUGGGGAUAAUAAAGCUUAUCAAGCAAUCAUAUGCUUACAUUACUUAGACCAGGGAUCUAAGCGGCCAUGGACACAAAUAAUGCCAACUGUGUCCCUAUAUCUGCUCUGGCAACACUCAUUACAGGACCUGACCAUGUCGCCCAUAGCAUCAGGGGGUUCGUUUGUUCACAGAUCACCCCCAAAAGAGGAAAUAUAUCACCAGGACAAAUGAGGACACAAAUCGGCAGAAAUAUGGCACGCACCAAUUUAUAUGUACAGCUGCAAACUUAGAAAUCAUGGCUAUCAAUUAAGUAGAGUCACAAUGUGUCCUUUGCAGUGAGUAAGACCAGGUGAUCUGUGUGCCUGCUCAGUCUGAAACUUCAAGGUCUUUACUGCAUCUCCCCCUUUUGAUGGUUCUUUAUCUCUAAACCAGACUUGGGUUGGGCAGUCCUUCAAAUAGACGGCACCUUCAAAUGGAGGACCGUCUGCUGAAAAGUAGGACACCUGGACACCCUUGCCAUAGGCUAUGGCUCUAGUCUCUCUUUCCCUUAGUAAUGUCUACCAUUACAGAACAUGUGGUGUGGCAUGGGACCACCAUGGAGAGAAUUUCCUGGCCAUACUUAAUUAAGCAAGGUUGAGAUAUGGCAUCACAUGUUUUCAGUUUUGACAUCAUCGAUGGGAGCCAAGCUUGAUCCCCAUUCACAAGCUGCUCCAUCACACGCACACCACUAAAACACAGGGCCGGCUGGUGCCUGUGGGGUCUAGUAGGGAAGAAGGCAAGGAGACCGACAUUAGUUGGCGCCAGAACCAAUGACAGCCAGAGCCAACUCACUCUAAUUUUGCUCCCAUUUUUCUGCCUGCUAAGUUGUACAAGGGUAAAACUGAGCUUGAGGGGGAGGAAGCUGACAGGCAGUUCCACCCACCUGGACUGGUUGCAAAUACAAAGGUAGACAGGCAGGGAAUGGCUGAGGGCACACUGAGAUUGGCAGGGCAGUGGCCCAUUUACCCAACUGGACCAGCCUCCACUGCAAAGCUGUCAUAUUGAGAGUUGGGUCGGGGGGGGCUGAGGAGGGAGUGUGGCCUGGAAAGAGUCCCCAGGGGCAUAUAAGGAGGCCUGGAGGGUCAAAACUGGGCCGCUGACUCCCACCCCUACUCUUGUGGAGAGAGGUUCUUCUGAGAGCCAGGUGGGUGAAGAAGGUUCUAUGGCAGUUACAGACAUUUGGAACCUGGUUAGGAGAUUCCAGAAAGCUGAGCUGAGCUGGGGAUGUUCUACGGAAGAAGGGGUGCGUCCCACUGAGCUUGUUGCUGUGGCCAGAGGAACUGCUGACCCCAGAGGGUGAAAGCAAGCAUCUAAAAAGCAAGCCUGAGUCACGUACAUGGGAAACAGAGGACUGGUAAGUGGAGAGGAACCAGAAAAAUAGCCACAGAGGGAAACAGAUGUGUGACAAGGAUAGAUACUAUUUUAGAAUAGCCCUCCUCUACAUUGGUCGCCAAUGUGGUGCCCAUGGGCACACGUGUACCCAUAGAGGUCUUCCCAGGUACCCCUACAGUAGGGAUUACCAGCUGCCACAGGUGGGGAAAGGUAAAUAUUGUCUCAAAAAUCCACUAUGCAUGAGAAUUGGCUUCAGGAUGUGAUGUCAGAGCGAGGGCAGGAGAAGGAAGUCCUUGCUCUGCCUUCAUUCUGGACUCAUCAUCUGCACAGGAAGAAAAGCUUUGGCCUCUGCUCUGUUUUUAUCCAGUGCUAAAAUUUCUCCACUGAAAGCUGAACCCAAGUUGCCUUUGGUUGUGUCUCUUGACAGUGCCUCUGCUGUGUUUGUGACUCUUUCCCACCACUUAAAGAUGCAUUUUUCGAGGAAAAGUAAGUAUGAACAGCACAAAAGAUUUUGACGGAGACAUCUCCAUUUAUUUAAUGUGCCUACUAUUUAAUAUGAGUUAGAUACAGAAGUGUAGAAAGAAAUAGAUCUUAUGAUAAAAUAAUAAUAAUUUUAUUAUUUAUACCCCACUCAUCUGCCUGGGUUUCCCCAGCCACUCUGGGCAGCUUCCAGCACAUAAAAAAACAUAAUUAAAAAGCUAAACAUUAAAAACUUCCCAAUACAGGGCUGCCUUCAGAUGUCUUCUAAAAGUUGUGUAGCUCUUUAUCUCCUUGACAUUUGAUGGGAGGGUGCUCCCUGGGCAGAGUGCCACUGUCUGUCUGUCUGUCUGUCUGUCUGUCUAUCCUAUCUCUAUGACUUCAUCUGCGUUAUACAUUUAAAGCAGUGCCAUGACACUUUAAACAGCAAUGGCUCCCCCCCCCCAAAGAACCCUGGGAAGUAGCACCUUAUGUAUGCAUAGCAGAUAUCCUGCCAUUAAUCUACAGCCCGUCCUUGAGUGCUUUUGCCUGGCUGGAAUGUGCUCUUCAGCUGGGACCAUGCCUCUUAUUUGUCUGGAGAGAGGCGAAUGGCCUUUGUAUAUAUGCAAACCACUGACUCUUGGGUGACUGCAGCGCAGCCUCCUAUAAAGAGUUAAGUACAAUACCUGUUGCUUUGCCUACUUUUGCCUCAGUUCCUGUCCACCUUUGCUACGUGGUCCCUGGAGAAUUGUCUAUGGGGAAAUGAGGCUCUUGUUGUAGGCCCCCUUGAGCUUGGAGGAAAGCUUGGUGGGAAACAGCAGGAGGAAGCAGCCCAUAUAGCAGUUUCAGCCCCUCACCAGCAGCAACCUGAGGCCAGAGCAAUGGAACAGAAAUGAACAGAUGGUCAGGGGCUAUAUCUGGGAGCUCUUGGAGGAAACUGAUUUUCUAGAUCUAUUUCAGUCGAGAUUUAGGCCUGGUUUAGACACAGAAACUGCUUUGUUUGCCCUUUACGAUAAACUCUCUUGGGAGAAAGACAGGGGAGAUGUGUUCCUGUUAAUUAUCAUCAAACCUCUCAAUGGCUUUUGGAGCAACUGUCUGAGUUAGGCCUGGGAGCCACUGCUUGGUGGUGGUUCUAGUCUUACUUGAGUGGUCAUUUUCAGAGGGUGAUGCUUGGGGAGAGCUGUUCAGCCCCAUAGAGCCUUCAAUUUGGGCUUCUUCGGGGUUUGAUUUUAUUCCCCUAUGCUCUUUAACAUCUAUAUGAAACUGCUAAGUGGGGUCAUCUGGAGGUAUGGAGUAUGCUGAUGACACACAGCUCUGCUUAUCCUUUACAUCUGCAGGUACUUGGACCCUUGUCUUGCCUUGGUAAUGGACUGGAUGAGAGCCAAUAAACUGAAGCUCAAUCCAGAUAAGACUGAGGCACCAUUACUGGGUGGUUCCCUAGACCAGAUGAAUGGGAAGUCGCUUGCUCUUGAUAGGGUUACACUCCCUGUGAAGGAUCGGGUUUGCAGUUUGGAUCCUUUGCUCAAGCAUGCUGGUUAUAUGAGGCUGGUGACCCAACAGAUUUAUUUAUUUAUUUAUUAGUUCGAUUUAUAUUUACAAAUUCCAGAGCAGUUCACAAGUCACACUGUCAAAAAUAGAACAUCAUCAUCGUCAUCAUAUGAGCAGACCUUUCCAGAGAGGAUGCAAGACUCUUCUUUUCCAUAAUGAAGGUGCCUGGUGCCUAACAUCCUAGCAUAGGAUUCUAUGCUGGCAUUGGAUGUUAGCACACUAUUUAGAAUACUGCUGCCUGCUUGUGUUUUUGAUGUGGAUGUUUGGAAUUUAAUGUUUUCACGAACCACGUUUUAUGGAUGCUGGUGUUUCUGGCUUGUUAGACGGGGGUUAAAACAUCUCACUUCCAUCACCCCUUCCCAUCCCACCUCCCGGCAGAAGUCCACCUUUCUGAAGAUAGCCAUUUGUCCUUCCGGUACAAGUUCUUCAUCAGAAUAUUCAGCUGCGUUGGCCUGGUCGGUUUGUUUAUCAGUCUUCUCUCUCCGUCCUGGAUUGAGAUCUUCCACAAGGAUUUCGUCACCAAUUUGGGCCUCUGGAACAUAUGCAUAAACAGAAGAUGCAAGAGAAUUAGGCUGAACUCAAGUAAGGCAGCCCCCUUCCCUCCCUGCCUCCCUCCAUCUUUCCCCACCCCGGCAGUGCACCUGGGGGUUGGUCUUUGAAUUUCGGCAACCCAUGUCAAGGAUUGGGGAAAUGUGUUGCCAGGUCCGACCCUACCAGUGAAUGGCAAGGGAGGAGGUGGAGUGGGAAAGUGAUGUAGGGUGGAGCUAUGGGUGCUCCUGCACCCCCUAAGUCAGGGUGGUCCACUAUGCAGUCCUAAAGGCCUGUUUUGGCAGGCCGGCAAAAGCUUAGUUUACCGGCACCAACUAUAAACGGCCUUGGGUGCCUGAGCACCGUGGGGUGUCCAAUGCGACUUCCGGUGCCUUGCAAAGCACCAAAUGUCACAUCUGAGGCCUCAUGGGUGUCAGGAAUGUGCCCCCCCCCCGAGCGCAGCGGAAGAGUCAGCCUCAGAAAUUGAGCUGAGUGAGCAAGGGGCUGCCUCUGGGGAUGAGAGCUGUCUGUCAGAGUUAGAGAAGACAGCCUGCCCCCACCCCUUCCAGAGAACAAGCUGUUAGCUCCCAAAGAGAGGAAGAGCUGGAAGUCGGCCCAAGUGUUGCCAGGCAACCAGCAGAUAAGCCAGAGUCGGAGGCUGCGUCUUCUGGGGAAGAGAUAGGCCGGUCGUGCAGUCCCCAUAUGAGGAGGUUGGAAAGAAUCAGAGAGCAACAGAAGGGAAGGAGAAGAAAGGCGGGAUUUUGGCAUCCUUCCUUUUGGGGGAGAGACGAUGAGUCAGACUGAGCAACUAAGGUUAAUGAGAGCAGGCAGAACGCCAUGCUCUGGAUGUGUUUUUCUUGUAAAUAAACUGACGAAGAGUCCUUACUGCUUAACAGGCUGCUUGCCUGCCAGAUAUCAUUAUAAUGGGGGCCCCAGGUGCUGCUGCAGCGCAUGCAACGUGACGCAAGUUGAUGCCCUUGGCUUAGUGUUUUCCCCACUUUGGGAACAAGGUGGGAGGUCUCUAGGACCCUGCCAGUGUCUCCCACUUCCUUCCCAAAGCCUGGUACCACAAUUAGUCCACCCGCCGUGUGACACGGCAGUGUGUGGCCUGCAGGUCUGAAGUACCCUUGUGGCCCACUUGGUAUGAAAAGUUGGACCGCUCUGCCCUAAGGGGUAGUGAGGAACACUUUCCUAUUACCAGUGUUGAAGGAAGAUUGAGGUGCCUGCCUGAUUGGCACACAGGAGCGGGAUGCCAUCUUGUCCUUUGCCUCAGGUAGCAAAAUUUCUUGGGCCAACACCAUUGUCAGGGAGUGGCUGGAAGAUGAGGAGUGGUUGGAGGCUUCAGCCAGGGAAUUCCCAAGGGAAACUCCAGAGGAGUGCUCAGAGCCAGGAGGUUAGUGGUGGAACACUGGGGAAAGGUCAGAGGGAGGGAACUGGGAGAAGGGGCUGGAUGCUGAGGGGGGCAACAGGGUUUAGUGAGCAGGGAGAGCCUGUGACAAGCAGAAGUUCAGACUCCAAGGCUGAAGCAGAGGAGGGGGGUCCAGAGGCUGCUGAAGAAUCCCAGGAAUUGCCGUCUCCUGCUGCAGCAAGCCCCUAUCCCCCCCUGGUCUCCAAGAACAUGCAGAAUAAUGAGAGCAAAACAGUGGCCAGAGGUGUGCAGACACAGUUUGAGACAGCUUGGGAAACAUCUGGGAAAAGAGGAGCCUUAGAAAGGGUGAAAGGCAGGGCCCUUCAACCCUGGCAACUGUCCAUAGAGGCAAGACCUGCUGGAAAGGGUUGAUGAGUUGUCUGCCGUUUCCUUGAAUAAAGAGUUAACUUCACUGACAAUUGACUCUGCCUCUUCCUGCUGAUGUGCUUGGCUGACUCCAGCCCUGGCACCUGUGUACUUGCACAAUCUCCCUUAAAAAAUGCUUUUCUGUGCUCAUUCUUUGGUUGCAGAACUGUGCUGCAAAAUUCACAGGAGUGGGGAGUGUAAAGGACAGCUGUGUUUCAGAUUCCACGCUGGCUUGAGGAGUGUGCGUGAGGGAGCUCCUCAUUAAGAUGCAAAUAAAUUUGAAUGACCCCCCUGUUCCCUACUGUUCUGUAAUGCUAAGAACCGAUUCUCUCGCACAUCUGUCUUUCAGCAUCACUCACCUUUGAUUCUCCCCAGACAUCCUCCUUGUCACCAGAAUCUUGAUGUCAAUCAGCACAUUCUUGGGCUUGGUGGCAGCUGCCUGCUCAUUGCUGUCCAGCACCAGCUUAAGGCUAUCCAGGUGGCCAGCUGUCACCAAUUUAUGCACAGGUACCGCUCUCUCUGCAAGGCUGAUUAUUUGCCUUUAGCAUUUGUGUAAUACUUCAGUUCUACUAUGCCCACGUUGCAUUAUUGUGAUCUUUACAGCUCCCCUGUUAAGUAAGUGAGCAUUAUUCAGUGCUGGGAUGACUCUCCCAGUUUUAUUGCCUCGUAAUUGCUGCACUCCCCAUAGCCUUGGAUGUGAUAGGGCUAAUGUCUCAGGGCCAUUGGUUCCAGCCUCACAUUGGACAAAAUAUUCCUUCAUUGCAGAGGGUUGGAUUAGAUGCCCCUCGUGGUCCCUUCCAAUUCUACAAUUCCAUGAUUCUAUGUUUUAUUUCCCAGUUUAUAUAACACCCAAGUAAGGCUUUAGAGUUUCACCAGCCUCUUCAGCAGGCAAAGAGGGGAGGAAAAGUUGCAAACGUCUAGCUUGUUCGCAGCUUGACUCCCCUUACUUGAUCUGCUAGUGAGAGUGUAAGUAGGAUGUUGCAGUUAGGCUAUUAGGAAAUUUAAUAGGAUAUUAGCAGACAGAGGGAAAGCAAAGAAUUAUUGUAGAGGAAACAAGGAGAUAGAGAACUUUUUUCAGUUCAAAGGCCACUGAGGUCCAAAGUAUUGCUGGGAGGGCAGGUAAGCCUUGGCUGCAAAAUCAAUCACAAGACAUAUAUACACACAUCAUUUGAAUGGCAAUGGCUACCAACUUAUUUUCGGGGGGACUGUCCCCCUCCUAUAUUUUAUGGGAGGGGGAAAGGGACCACAGCUCCUAUGCUUCUGGGCAGUCUUCCAGGAACCCUAUGCCAGUGGUGGGCACUGCCCUCUGGUGUCACAUUUCAAUGACGCAUUAUGAACGUUAAAGGCAGAACGUAAUGUGUCUGUCUGCAUUAUGAAACCCAUUCCUUAACGCUUCCUUAGCGUUAUAAACCAUGAGUGUAGAUCCGCCCUCACAAUUCUCUAUCCUCCAGCCAGACAAGCAAGAAGCACGGUCAGAGUUCAAAAAUGUAUUCCAGACAGGCAAUUGCAUUCAAGGAGGGUGCGAAGCAGCGUUAGUAAGUGGUGUCCUGGGGAGGGGGCAGAUGGAGAGGCCUAGAGGGAUGCUGUUGGCUUCCAGGCCUGGGGUUCCCCUUCUUGUUUGAGUGAAAUGUUAAAUGUGGGCCGAGGAUCUUCGGUGCACUGAAUAGCAUACUGCAGGCUACAGCAACUCCCUGCAGGAGAAGGGUUUUUGUCAGGGCUUUCUGCUGAGUGCUCUCUUUUCGUACCCACAGGAAUCAUUUCCCUGGUCACCAUGGUGUUGUACGGCACGUCAAUCUCACCCAACAGCACCUUGGGCAGUCCAAUCCCUCAUACGACCUCUCCAAAGUAUCUCUCCUGGUCCUUUGGGAUAGGCUGCUUGGCCAGCUUCCUGUUCCUGACAAACAGUGAGUUUUCCUUUUGCGCCCUGAUAUACGGUGGAUGCAGAAAGGAGGAGGGAGACAGAGGGGAGGGAGAGGAGAAAAGAGAAGGAGCCGGCUGCUGAAGCCACGCCAUGCUUGGCUCUGCAUUUUGCCGCUGUGCUUUCUAGAUGUUGAAGGGACUCAGCCCCACCCCAAAAAUAUUGGGAAGGAGCUGGCAUCCCAGGGGGCUAGAAAUUCUUUAAAAAUAUUUAACAGCUUAAAAGCAUAGGCAUGAAGUCCCAAGAGCCGCGGCGACAAAACUACUGCAGCAGCAGCAGCAGGCACUCUCCUGGACCGACCUGCGCAAACCGCCUUGCUCUGAAGGACCCCAGCCUUGCCUCAGAGCGAGCCAGAGGGGGGGAGGAGCCUGAGGCUGAAGGCAUGGCAAAUGGUACCCACAUGUUAGUGGCUGCAAAAGUGUUAACAAGGGGAACGAGCAAACAGGAGCCAGAGCAGUGGGGAAGAGGACAGGGGUUGGUUCUGGAGGGACAUGUGCAGAGCCAGCAUAUCCAUGAAGCAAUUUAGGCAACAGGAUCCACUGGGGCAGCAGAUCCAACCACCAAGGAAUACAGUGGCAGCAACAGCUGUGGUACACUCCUUAGAGGCCAGAUCUGCUGCCACUCUUGAUGAAUAGGCGGCGUGGCUGGUCUCCUCUUACCCUUGUUGAUGAUGUAGACCUUUGUUUCUCCCUUGUUCUUGAUGUGAAUCUUCACUCACCCCUUCUUCUCUGGCUGGGGGGGGGGGCACCUCAGGUUUGCCUCAGGUGCCAAAACGCCUUGGGUCAGCCCUGGCCAUGUGCGAGAGCCAGCAAUUGAGUAGAGAGCCUGGGGGCCAAAUUCACACCCAGCCAUGCCCACCACCUUAGGCAUUGCCUCCUUUUGCCUCAGGAUGAUAGAGCUGGCCUUGAACACGUUGAUGGGGGCCGAUGACCACCAGCGCAUAGCUCUGGUGCUCAAAAGCUUGCACUGGCCGUGCAUAGAUGACCGGGCCUGCUUCAAGACACUUGCACUGAUUUACAAGGCCUCUAGCAUCCUGAGUAUAGUAUAGUAUCCCUUAUACCCCUUCCUGAUCACUAAAAUCUUUGAGGAGUCUCUGUCAUGGCUGACAUGGUUCAGAUAUACAGCUUGAAACUAACUGCAAACAAUGUAUUCAGUGUUGUGGGCCGAAACCUGGGGAACUCCCUCCCACCUGACAUUAGAGACAGAGCCCUCUUUGCUGAACUUCAGGCCCGUGGCAAUGGGCUUCUUAUUCCAGGAGUCAUUUUAAGGCAGUGUUUGGUUUUAUGAGAGCUUUUUAUUUUUAUUUUUUGGGUCCCUGUUUGGUCUCUUGCUUAGAAAUGCUGAUGAUUAAUAAAAUAAUAAAUUAAGUCUACCAACAACUUGUGUUCUCCCCAAUCUCCCCCACCCACCCUGCCUCAAACAGUACUCCUGUUCAUCCUGAUAGAACUUGAGGGAAACACCAGCACGCAUGAUGACCUCAAGCCAAAACAACGUCGCCUGAUCUUGGUCACAUAG